GAUAUAGUAUAAUGCUCUCAACUGUUGCAGAAAGAGCCAACUAAUGAAGAGAAGGAUACAUGCACAAUAAGUUUCAACUUUAUAGUAAACAAAUUAAGAGGCCGACAAUUUGAUUUCGUAAUCGCUUACAUGUGGUUGUUGAAAGCAGCCUCUCCAUCGCCGCCGUCUCCAUAUAAAUUAAACCAAACAUGAUCACUUAGCAACACUUGAAGAUAUAUGGCUUCAGUUCCAAGUCCGGCCACCAUCCGCGCCACCAUUGUCCAAGCCGCCACUGUCUUCUACGACACCCCUGCCACUCUCGAUAAAGCAGAGAGGCUGGUGGCGGAAGCAGCCUCAAACGAUGCACAGCUGGUGGUGUUUCCCGAAGCAUUCGUUGGCGGGUAUCCCCGCGGAUCAAACUUCGGAGCCACCAUUGGCCACUCCAACCCCACUGCCGGUGAACAGUUCCGCAAAUACUAUGACUCUGCCAUCAACGUUCCCGGUCCGGAGAUGGAUCGGUUGGCGAGCAUAGCAGAGAAUUACAAGGUGUAUCUAGUGAUGGGAGUGAUCGAGAGAGAGGGAUACACCUUAUACUGCAGUGUUGUCUUCUUUGACCCUCAAGGCUGCUACCUCGGCAAGCGGAGGAAGUUGAUGCCCACCACGGCUGAGCGCCUCGUUUGGGGCUAUGGUGACGGAUCCACCACUCCCGUGUUUGACACCCCCAUCGGGAAGCUCGGCGCGGUGAUCUGCUGGGAGAACAAGAUGCCUCUGCUGAGGACAGCAAUGUACGCUAAAGAGAUCGAGAUAUACUGUGCACCCAACUCGGACGACAGAGAAGUGUGGCAGCCAACGGUGAGGCACAUCGCCAUAGAAGGUGGCGUGUUCGUGCUCUCUGCAGGUCAGUUCUGCCUCAGGAAGGACUAUCCUCCCCCUCCUGAGUACUUACUCACAGAGUGGGAAGACGAGCUCCAACCAGAUUCUGUGGUGGCCGCUGGGGGAAGCGUCAUCGUUGCCCCCUCCGGGGAGGUCUUAGCCGGGCCCAAUUUCGAAGGGGAGGGACUUCUCACUGCUGAUUUGGAUCUGAAGGAUGUGGCGCGUGCCAAAUUCUCAUUUGAUGCUGUUGGCCACUAUUCUAGACCGGACAUUCUCAGCCUCAUUGUCAACGAGCGUGCUAUGAAACCGGUCACCUUCACUUCCCACAAAUGACACUACCAUUGUCAACGAGCGUGCUAUGAAACCGGUCACCUUUUCUCAACAAAUUCAUUCUUGAUCAUUUUGUGCUGCAUUCAGAUAACAAUGACACCUGCAGUUUAUGGUUUUGAGUGAAUGGUUGUUUCUUGGA